ACAUGGAUUUUUCUGCUGCUGCAGCAACAUGGGAAAACUACUUUCCUUUAACUGUAACACAAAACUUUUUAAUUAUGAUACUAUUAUAUUAAACAGUAUAGUUAUAAUCCUUUAUAUGUUCAAAUUCACAUAUCUCUUAUGGUUAUUUUUGACCAUUUCCAUGAAGAGGGCCAAUUAUUCUGGAGCUGAUUGUAUAAAACUGCUGUUCCUCUGUGCACAUGGUUAACAUUUUCUUCCGUUUUCCUCAUCACAUAGGAAGGACAAAACAAUGUGAUUGUUCAAAGCUUUUGCACUAGUCAUGAAAUAGAUGCAGUGGAUCGCACCACUGAUGCCCAUAAAUGGCUUCCUAAAUCACAUUAGAACAAAAGGCACCAGUUCCAGUGGGGGCAGAAUGGGCCAAUCACGUGUUUGGCUAAACAUUUGUUUCCCAGAACAAAAGAUGAACUAAAGAUGCACAAUAGGGAGAUUAAAGGCUUAAUGACUGUACAAUAUAAUGUCAGAAUAGUAGAAAGUGCAUGAUACACUGGUAUGUUCCAGAGCUGAACGUAACAUAUAGAGGCAGAAAGAGUGAUGAGAUAACGCAGGGACUGUGUGUGUGUAGGUCACAACAGAGGUGGUAGAAGAAAGUCACACAUUUUGGGCUCCCUUACAGCAUCAAACUGGGGAACUUUAUCAAGCAGGAUCGAACACAAGCCCCCUCUAUCCUUCGUAACUUACUUACCCAUUUUUUCAACGAUCGCUUCCAGUCUUCAGUAGGCAAUCAGCAUACAAUGAAUCCUCAGCGCCCCCUGGCGCAGGCUGUGCCUCCCUCUCUGGGCCAGAACCUGAGAGACCUGGCAUACGGCUUUGGGCAUGGGAAGAACCUGCUGGGAAGAAACUUUGCCUAUGGGGUCAUCCAAUCUCUGAAAGAGUGUCUUUACUUCCUGCUCUGCUGCUGGUGCAUAAAAGAGAUCCUGGACUGAAACAAGGGAGCAUGAAUCCAAGAUAAUAUGAGAAAGUGAGGGUUUUGUUUUUCUCCUGAUUAAUCUUUGCCUCUUAAUAGCAUUUUUUAGAAAGAUGGUGAUGCCCAGUUGCCUGCUGUUGUAGGUAAGCAAAUGAUAUGUUCCACAAUUUAUAAUUUAAAGUCACUCUCAGGAUUAUAAAGAAGAUAUAAAUCAUCUGUUAAAAAAGAUUUUCAAUUAUAUCUUGAACUAUAUAUUAAAAUAACACAUUUUAAACUCCUCUCUUUUUGCCAUAAUUAAUAAGUGAACUUUAAUUUGAACAUUAAUCAGCGGCAAUCUGCUAUGCCAUUGUGAAGAAAUCCUGCUUGUCAGAUUAAUAUAUUACUCUGUCAUUAAGGCAAUAUGAUGAAAUCUAACAGUUACUCACAGGGGAAAUAAUUGUAAGCAAAUUAUCACCUUAGGUAAUAUUUAAAUCCUUUUCAUAUAUUCUUAAUUAUUCAUACUCUAACUAGGUCGGGACUCUUUUCACACCUUUUUUCCCCUCCAUAGUUCUCCAGAUCUGGAUAAGUAUUUUAAAUACUAUACCACGUGAG